AUGCGUCCCGCCUCGAACCUCCUUCAGCUGGCUGUCUGCCUUUCCUCCGUUGCCCCUCUAGCGGCAGCAUGGCCUAGCUGGUUUCCUCCUGCUGAUUCAGUCGUUGUCCGACGCGUUGCACAUGAAGCCAUGCCACAGGAGACCGGCGUUAUCAAGGCUCGUCAAGACAAGACCGACGAUGAAGAGGCUUCGAGCACCCGAAAGAACACCGCCAAACAGACCAACUUGAACACCGCCAAAGUCGAGACGGGGACUGAGACCGGAACUGCAGACAACACAAAGACCGCUACCGAGACAGGCAAGAAGAAGUCUGGCACCAAAACUGGAACAUCUGCGCCCAAGCGCACAACCUUUUCUGCGGAUGUCCAGCCCGGUGGUGUGAGCAUGACACUUCCCGAUACCAUGUAUGUUCCCACACCUCUCUUCAAGAUUGGUGAUUACGCCACCUUUGGCUGGAACUACACCUCACUUGAGGGCACACCAACCGCCAUCGACGUCCUCGUCAGCCAGUCUUCCGCAGGCGAGACAUACACUCUCACUGCCAACAUGACUUUUGCGACCAACCCCACCUUCGUCUGGGACACCAGCAAGCAGGCCAACGACCCCGAUGCUCCCCUCGUGGUCGGCAUGUACACUCUCAUCAUCAAGGAUUCUGACUCGGCCGUUACCGACAUGCCCUCUCCUGGCUACCUGCAAGUGGAGAAGACCUUCCAGUUUGGCAUGUACACACCUGCGGCCUACACACCCUAUCCCCAGUGGAACUGUGAUAUCUGCAACAACUAG